CUGUGAAGGUGGCGGCAGAGGCAGCCUCGUCUGCGGCGCGCCCCACUGCCGCUCGCCGUGAGGGAGCGCCCCGGCAGCCGCCAGACAGUUAAGGAGGUCUGAAGAUUGGAAUAUCAGUGGCCCUGUGCCGAGUUUAACAAUUAAGUGAACCGUGGAGCUGGAAAACUUGGCAGAAAACUCUUUUGUCUUUUCUGCUUGUAUCUAUGGAACCUGGUUUGCAAGGUUGGUGUUAAGUUAGUCUGAAGGAAGGAAGUAGUGGAAGACUUUCACCACAAUUCUGAAAAAUGAGCAGUGUCAACCUGGUGCUGUGAUUGUCUCCAGGACUUGGACCCUCUAAGUUUUAAGGUCUGUUUCAGGCAUUAUGAGUGUGGUGUCCUAAGAGAUGCUGUUGUCCAUGAGAGGCUGGGAUUAUUAUGAUCAAGUGCUGUAUUUUGACUUCACCCAGUGGCUUAAAGAUUUGUGGGGUGAAGAAGAAGUGUUGGACUUUUAAGAGAAUUAAACAGGCCCGUGACGGAGGGUUAGCCCAGAUCAGUGGAGUCAUGCGUCACACAGCUCUAUCAUGCUGGCAGCUGUUCCUGGGUCUGGCUGUGCUGCUUGUCUUCACAAGUCCCACUGCGGGCUGCCCAGCCCGCUGUGAAUGCUCAGCACAAAACAAGUCUGUCAGCUGUCACCGAAGGCGUCUGAUGUCCAUCCCAGAAGGCAUUCCAAUUGAGACCAAAAUCUUGGACCUCAGCAAGAACCGACUGAAAAGCGUUAACCCUGAGGAAUUCACAUCAUACCCAUUGCUGGAGGAGAUUGACCUCAGCGACAAUAUUGUCUCCAACGUUGAGCCUGGAGCUUUUAACAAUCUCUUCAACUUGCGCUCCUUGAGGCUGAAAGGAAACCGUCUGAAACUGGUCCCCCUAGGGGUGUUCACUGGGUUGUCAAACUUAACAAAGCUUGAUAUAAGUGAAAACAAGAUUGUCAUUUUGCUGGACUACAUGUUUCAAGAUCUGCAUAACCUAAAAUCCCUGGAGGUUGGGGACAAUGAUUUGGUGUAUAUAUCACACAGGGCCUUUAGUGGGCUGCUUAGCCUGGAGCAGCUCACCCUGGAGAGAUGCAACCUCACAGCUGUACCAACAGAAGCUCUUUCUCACCUCCACAACCUCAUCAGCCUGCAUUUGAAACAGCUCAACAUUAAUGCUUUGCCGGCGUACGCCUUUAAAAGACUGUUUCGCCUGAAGGACCUGCAGAUAGAGGCCUGGCCCCUCCUGGACAUGCUGCCUGCCAACAGUCUGUACGGUCUCAACCUGACUUCUCUAUCCAUCACAAACACCAACCUGUCUGCAGUACCUUACUCUGCUUUUAAACAUCUGGUUUACCUGACACAUCUCAACCUGUCUUACAACCCCAUCAGCACCAUUGAGGCAGGCAUGCUGUCGGAUUUAGUGCGCCUGCAGGAGCUCCACAUGGUGGGGGCACAGCUGCGCACCAUUGAACCACAUGCUUUCCAAGGGCUCCGAUUCUUACGCGUGCUUAACGUGUCCCAAAACCUGUUAGAAACCCUAGAAGAGAAUGUAUUCCAUUCCUCCAAAAGCCUUGAGGUCCUCUGCAUUAACAACAACCCUCUGGCCUGUGACUGUCGUCUUCUUUGGAUUUUGCAGCGGCAGCCCACCUUGCAGUUUGGUGGUGAGCCACCAAUGUGUGCAGGCCCAGACAGUGUCAGAGAGAGGUCAUUCAGAGACUUUCACAGCACAGCUCUCUCCUUUUAUUUCACCUGUAAGAAGCCCAAGAUACAAGACAAGAAGUUGCAGUACCUGGUAGUGGAGGAAGGACAGACCGUGCAGCUGAUAUGCAAUGCUGAUGGGGACCCACAGCCUACCAUCUCCUGGGUUACCCCACGCCGGAGGCUGAUCACAACUAAAUCAAAUGGUAGAGCCACUGUGCUGGGAGAUGGCACCCUGGAGAUACGAUUUGCCCAAGACCAGGACACUGGGAUCUAUGUCUGUAUUGCAAGUAACGCAGCUGGGAAUGACACCUACUCAGCCUCCCUGACAGUAAAGGGGUUUACUUCAGACCGUUUCCUUUACGCCAACAGGACCCCUAUGUAUAUGACAGACUCCAACGACACAAGUUCUAAUGGAACUAAUGCAAACAGCUACUCUCUGGACCUUAAGACAAUAUUGGUGUCCACAGCUAUGGGCUGUUUCACAUUCCUUGGAGUGGUUUUAUUUUGUUUCCUUCUUCUUUUUGUGUGGAGCCGAGGGAAAGGCAAACACAAAACCAGCAUUGACCUUGAAUAUGUCCCUCGCAAAAACAAUGGUGCUGUGGUUGAAGGGGAGGUUUCUGGACCACGAAGGUUCAAUAUGAAAAUGAUUUGA